GUGGUUUAGUCCAGUCACGUCCCCAGGCGAUAUUGUAGCAUAUGUUUGGCGGGAAAAUUGAGACAAUCAAUUCAAAAGUAAUAUUAUCAGGCGUUUCUCCAUUUUAGCCGUUACUAUGGACCAAUACUUUCUCGUGGUGUAUACUGGACAUCCUAACGAUGCAGAUCUUAACGUUCUCCAAAGAGAUAUGCUUGAUCUGAUGCAAUCAUUGCAGACAGAAAGACGUCCGGCGCUUCAAACUUGGUUACAAGACUGUCCCAACCAGGUCAUCCAUAGAGUACCCUGCCUGCAUCUGGCAUUUGUAACAUCAUGGGAGGGACAUCUUACUCAGGAAAAGAAGAAAGGAAUAUCAUCAUCAUCAUCCUGGCACGCCUUAGAUCAGACCUGUGGAGAAGAAGAAGAGUUCAAGAGAUGCUGGGUACAGCAGGUAGAACAGCUGAUGAAGAGCAGGUUGAAACCUUCACAGGAGACAAGAAAGGACCAAGAGGAAGACAACAAAGAUAUUGAGGCCCACAUGGCGAAUCUGGCUAAUUCCAUUCAUGGACUUGCUGACCAACUUCCUGGUAGUGACAGUUUUAUGCUGAACAUAGUUUGGAUCUCGUCGUCAGAAGAUGUCACAAUAGAGUCUCACAUUCAACUGUUGGGAGCACUGAAGAGACUACAUGACUGGCACCACGCCCAUGUUAGGAUAGUGUGCACAUCAUCAGAAAGGAUUACAAAGAUGCAGAUAGUGAGAAGUCUUGGUAACAAUGCCAGCCAAGAGGAGUCACUGUCAGAAGCUUUGAAAUGUUCCCUGAACCCCCUACAUCUAUGGAGAGGUUCUGUCCAUGUCCAUGAGUCUAAGGGUCCACAGUCUUUGUCCUUGCCAGGAUUUUCACUAGAGUAUAGGACAAACCCUCCCAGUAUUGGAAGAAUUAAGACUUCGUUGAUGUCAGGGAAAGAAUAUAAAAGUACAAGUUUAGUAACAACAGAAGCUGAACAUCAUGGUUCUCUUGAACUGAGCCAGCAGCUGGAACUGGUACAGGUGGUUCAGCUGGAAGAUGUCCCACGCCACCUGAUAUCACCUGCAAGUCUCAACCUUAAAUUGUCAACAGAACAUCCCAAAAGCCAGAGGUCCAGAACUUUGUAUGAGGAAGUCACUGGGAAUCCCAAGAUGGCCCUGCUGACCAGGCUGACCUGUACUAGAACACUGCUGCCUCUCAAGCCUUCCAAGGACCGCAGCACGCAGGAGUGGACAGACAAGUUCAAGAACAAACCGUCUGACAUUGCAGCGCCCCCUGUUGAGGUGAAGGGAGCAGUGCAUGACCUGCAUUUGCUUGUUGUUGGGGAUGGAGAGGGAGGCUGCAUGGCACACAUCCUGUACCCCCCUGCUCAACUAAAUGGUGCUGUCCUGCACAGGCUGGCAACAAUGGACAACCGACUGUUAGAAGACAAAAAAACUGACCUGACACCAGUGGAGAACAUACUGUGUCAGCUGCCAGACCUAACCAGUGGACUAGUGGGGAUGGAGAAGGACCUCCUACAGCUGCAGGUGUUUGCACUGAAGAUGUGGACAGAAGAGAAGACUGCUGCUGGUCAGCCUCCACAGUUGACCUACCAGGAGAUAGUGACAGUACUGAGUGCUGUGAAGGAGGAGUACUUAAAGAAAAGGCUGGGAGAGAGGAACAUGGCUGAAACACAUCUGUCCGGGAAAGGGCUGGAUUUCACAAACAUCAAAUGUGCUUCUGAGCUGGAUCUGGACAGCAACUUGUGGCCAGAGAAGGAAGCUCUGAUCAACAGGGAAACUAUUGAGGAAAUUGAAAAAUCAAUGAAACGUCAGAAGUCAGUGGAUAUUUUACUAGGAGGGCUGCAACCACCCAAACGAAUGGACAAUGAAAUCAAGUUAGAUGCAGAGGAGUUCAUCAAGCACUUCCAGUCCAAUGGCAUGGCUGCAAAAGACAACCUGACACCUCUACAGUUACCUAAGAAAGGAAAACUGAGACAACAGACAAAGCAGUCUCACGAUGUAGAAGCAGAGCAGAUGAAGGCCACACCCUUCUCAGAGGCAGUAAAAACAGACCUCCCUGGAAUAGAGUACUGCCUGGACAGUAAACAGUCUGAGGACCAGGAUGCUCGGAUGUCACUCAUCCAGUCUAGAUACGUCAGCCAUGAAACCUCCUCCACCUGCACCGUGGACAAGGCCUCCUCUCCUGCUACCAUGGUAACCAGGUCAGCCACGCCCAAGAAACAGACUGCUAAGCAUGCUGGGAGGAGAACCACCCCAAGGUCACAGAGGUCAGGCAGCAGCAGAGUGGAGAAGAGGAAGGCUGAUGAGAGCUUGGAGAGGGGGCAGGGUAAAAGACAUGCCAGUGUAAGUAAAGCAGGCCUGCCCCAGCAUGUCAAAAGAGAGAGGACCCACAGUGCCCCUGUAUCCAGGAGAACCAGAGCCACACCACAGACACACAGGACCUCCAGUUGUACAGACUCUACACAGGGUAGGGAUAGAAGGAAGAGCUCUACAACUAGGGCUGCUACAUCCAACCAGGGAACAGAUUCAUCAGGAAAACAACCGAACGCCACAGAAAAGAGAUCAGACAGACACAAAAGGAAACUGUGGCAAGUAGUGGAUGAAGCUCUGACACAGAACGGUGUAGGAAGGACCCACAAGAAGUACAAAGCCUGUUGCACUCGCCUGUUUGAGAUCUGCAAGAUGUUCCUGAAGGACUUAAAAAAUUCCCACAAUCUGGAGGAUCACAUGAAAAGGCUUGCAGAACAGAAUGUGAAGCAGGUUGUUGGUUUCUACACUGAGUAGAGGAGACAGCCUAGGGAUAUAGAGAACAGAAGAUACGUUCUCUGUGUGUUCAGCAUUGCUUCAUACACCAAUAUGUUACACUGAAGCAUUUUAAUAUUUUAAUGAAACGAAAGAUGGAUUGCUGUAAUUCUGUGAAUUUUGAGCAAGUGAUUUUUUCAUCUGUUAUUAUCUGUCUUUGUACAGUGAUAAGUAUCAUUAUUGAAUAAACUUUGCAAGAAAGACAGAUUGAUAUGAGCCUUACUCUAAAGGAAGGGAACAUAGAUACAGACAUCCAUACAUGUUGUGUCAUGUUAACCAAGUGCUUGAUUGUCAUUUUAUUGAUACUAACAAUUGAUAGCUGCUAAAAGAAAUGCCAAGAUGAUUGUUACCAAGUCCAGUCCACUUUUAACUAAAUACAAAUACAUGUAUUGCUUAAAAAUAUCAGGCCAAUAUCUUUGACAUUGUCUAGUCCAGACAUACUCUUGUCUUUUACUUACAUGUAUAUUCCCUCUAGAAGCCCAAGCAGCAACUUACGUGUCUGGAACUACUUCAUAAAGUAGUAGGCUAAGCCAUAAUCAUUGCCCUCUAAAUCACAUUUCUUUCACCAUUCACCAUUAUAUACAUACAUGUAUCUUUGCCUAAUAUAUAAUACUGAUAAUGAUAUACGGUGCAGGAAAACAUUUAAGUACACAUAUUUAGGUACCUAUCGAUCAGUCCAUUUACUU